CAGAUUUUUUGACAACGUUUUUCGAAGCCGCACAUCAUUUUGCAGCUUCCAUUCCCCUCGAAGGCCGCGCUUGAAGUUAAGUCUCUUAGUAAACCCAAGGAGCAGAAGAGUGAAACUGUGCCCUUCUAUCAUUGUGGACAAAGCUAGGUUGUUGAUCAAGUUUAGUUAGUAAACCUUCAGAAGUCAACCAAAGAUCUCUUCUGCCUUUGUAUCGUGGGAAUAGAUCGAGCGCCAACGUGUCAACCCAAUCCGACCAUGACGAACAACAAGCCAAAUGAAACGACCAACAAACCCACGAGAAUUGUGCGACUAAUGCCUCUGGCAACGCUGCUUCUUUUGGGAGCCACUCAAAAAGUAGUUCAGGCCAGACAAACAAUACAGCCAUUGGCAUAUCGAUCGAAACCUGCGCUACCCUUGCCCCUACCCUUGCCCCUACCGGUCCUAGGUCUUCGCGGUGGAGCCUCCAGCUCAACUCCGGCGUUUGGACGGAGACCUGUCACACCCCAAAAGAAUAAUCCAUUUUCAUCAUCAUCAUCAUCAACUCAAAAUGACUAUUCUUCCCAAGCGAGCACCACGCAAGAUCCAGAAGAGGCCAAGGAAUUGUUAAAUUCCUUUUUGACGCGGGAUUCACGCAACACAUUCAUUGCACGAGUCUAUGGCAUUUUGGCAGGUCAACUCUUUGUCACUGGAAUCUUUGUGGCUCUGUUUGGAACGAUACCGGCACUACGCCAAUGGACGUUUGCGGGAAAUGGCGCCAUUGUACCCGUCAUUAGUCUCAUCAUUUCUACCGUCAGUUGGGCCAUUAUGGUCACAAACCCCAAUGCACGCCGAAAGGCACCCAUGAAAUGGUGGUUUCUCGGACUAUUCACUUUGGGAGAGGCAAUCUCGGUGGGAUUUGUGUCGUCGUUCUAUGCCUACCGGUCCGUCAUAUCCGCCAUGGCGGCCACGAUGGCAGCCACUAUGUCAGUCUCAGUCUACACUGUCAUGCAAAAAAAUCCAAAAUAUGACUUGACACAGUGGGGUGCUGGCCUAUCGUCAGUUGCCAUGAUAUUCCUCCUCUAUGGUAUCAUUGGAAUGCUGCAAAUGUUCAACGUCAUUCCGGCCAACUUUUUGCCAUACAACGAUGCAAUAUACAGCUUUCUAGGGGCAACACUCUUCUCCUUCUACUUGGCACAUCAUACCAGGCUCAUUGUAGCUGGAAAACAUGCAAAGUAUCAAAUGAGUGAAAAGGAUUAUGUGUUGGGGGCCAUGACCCUAUACAAUGACAUUAUCAACAUGUUCAUUUACAUUUUGAGAAUCAUUGGUGAGGACAGAGACUGAGGACUCGACUCGACUUGACUCAUAGGAAUUGUGUUACGGCUGGAUGAUACAGUACCUGCCUGGCCUGGGUAGCUCUUGAGAUGGAUACGAACAGUUUUGAUGGAGAGAUGAAACAAAACAAUACACAAUCACUAUGUGCCACUACUGUAGCUAGGCUGUUAUCGGGGUUCUACGAGGAAUGCAGUCGCAGUUGAGACUUGAUUUCGGGAUGGUUGUAGUGGGUUACUGUACUAAUAAUAAUGUAUGAACUCAACUCUGAGAUCUGAUUCGAUUCCUGUGGAUGUGCCAAUAAGUUGACUGAGCUGAAUGACAAAUGAACCGACCGCCUCUCUGGUCGCUAGGAACAAGCUAUUCUUUUUCGGUAUUUCGUACUCGUACGCUACGGGAGCUGCUACAGGUUUGGUUGCAGCUGUUUGCCAAACACCAAGGGUGGACUACAGUAUUGUAUGUAGUUGCAGGAGAAGGAGAAAGGCUGCUGGCCAAAGAAGAGUCGGGCCCAAGCAACGAAAUCUAUGGAAACAAAAAGACGGAUAAUGCAAUUCAAUGCUUCUCCAGUGGAACAGGGAAACAAAAUACCACAGCGCCAAAGGCUGUGUUUUUUGACUUGUUUCACUAAAAUUGGCUUAAAAUCCAGGCACCCUUUGCUAAAACCACAUGAAAUUUCUGAUGUGGCAGGAAAUUUCAUUUUAGCAACCACAACAAAUGCAACAUUGGAGACAGAGAAAGACUCUCCUUCGAAAAUGCCAUGGUCGAAGUACAUUCUCACAGUUUUCAGCCCACGAACAGCUGCAUUAUUCUGCAGAAGGCAUAUGUAAGUCAGGGUGUUGAGUCGAGUCGACUCAGUCGAGUGACAGUCAGCAGGCUGUCAGCAGCCCCAGGGGCUGUCUAAUUGGACAAAGGGGACGAAGGUUGUCUUGAAAG